GGCAUAGAAGAGCGUGUUUCAGCAGACAUUCGCACAGUUUGCAGGAGGAGAGCGGAGGGGCUGCGCGUUUAUUUUCUCCCGAUCAGUUUUACGCACGCACGCACGCCGGAGCUGUCUCUUCCAGGAGUUCUUGUGUUUUCUUUUUGCGCAAGAACGGACAGUCACCUGGACAGUAUAUUAAUAGGGAAGUCGAAGGGAAAAUACAGUUUUGUUCUUUCUUAAUCAAGUGUGCUUUCACUGAGUAAAUGCGCAACUGGGGAACAGAACCAGAGCUCGGGAUAUUUUAUCGAAAGGAAGAGAAACCAUUUGUGCUACUUUUUAAGGCUUGGUCCAACUUAACGGUUCUCCACACGGGUUUCUGUUGGCUUCAGUUGGCCAGUGAUUUCUGCUUUGAAAUUUAUGAUUUUGUCUGUCAGCCAGCGGGUCGACGAGCUUGAUAUUCCCACGCGCGUUGUGACUGACUGGGGGGGACACAGUGCUGCCGACUGUGCGCACUGAAAUGGAUUUUGUUGGUUUAAAAUGUAUUUAAAGUAGAAAUCGUGCCGAUUUCAGAUCAAUCAGCGCAGAUCGGUUUCCUAAAAAGGAAAAGCACACGCUGGUUUCCAAAAAAGAAGAAGCACACACUGACAAAGCUCGUACAAACAGUGUUUAACCAGAGUGAUAUUCUUGGAAAGCUCGGUGAACGCAACCCGGCAUUUGUGGUGGAUUUUGGGCACCGCUUCAGUUGCGCAUCAGGGAAACAGAGAACAGUGGAAAAGGAGAAGAAACAGUGACUUUGAACUGUAGCUUUGUCUCAGAUAUACAGAAUCAAACCGCAAAGGAGGAGAAGAAGAGGUGUUUCUCUCCACAUCUGAGGCGAAAAGAUGGAUUUAAUCGUAUGGCUUUGUGGAUGUUUACUGGCUUUUCUCCUGCCUUCAGCAGUCAGCGCACAGGAAGGAGCGUCUGAGCCAUGUGGUGGUUAUUUAGAUGCCAGCAAUGCCGGCUACAUCACCACACCCGGGUAUCCGCUGGAUUACCCGCCUCACCAGAACUGUCGCUGGGUGAUCACAGCCCCCGAGCCCUCACAACGCAUCGUCCUCAACUUCAAUCCACACUUUGAGAUUGAGAAACUGGACUGCAGGUACGACUAUUUAGAGAUCCACGAUGGGAACUCGGAGUCAGCCGACCUACUGGGGAAGCAUUGCAGCAACAUCGCUCCUGCGCCAAUCAUUUCGUCAGGGCCCUCGCUGCACAUCAAGUUCGUAUCGGACUACGCCCACCAGGGGGCGGGCUUCUCACUGCGCUACGAAAUCUUCAAAACCGGCGCGGACUGUUCCCUUAACUUCACCAGUCCCUCAGGUCUCAUCGAGUCCCCAGGCUUCCCCGACAAAUACCCCCACAACCUGGAGUGCUCCUUUAUCAUCAUUGUUCCCCCCAGCAUGGAUGUCACCCUCACCUUCCUCACCUUUGACUUGGAAAACGACCCCCUGCCAGGCGGAGACGGGGACUGCAAGUACGAUUGGCUGGAAGUGUGGGACGGGCUCCCAGGAGUGGGCCCACUGAUUGGUCGAUACUGUGGGACCAGGGUGCCUCCAGAGAUCCAAUCAUCUACUGGGAUUCUCUCUCUGUCGUUCCACACCGACAUGGCUGUGGCUAAAGAUGGUUUCUCAGCUCGAUACAACAUGACACACAAGGAAGUCAGCGAGACUUUCCACUGUAGUAAUGCAUUCGGGAUGGAGUCAGGAAAGAUCACGGAUGACCAGAUCACAGCCUCGUCAAGUUUCUACGAUGAACGCUGGCUGCCACGACAGGCCCGACUCAAUUACAAUGACAACGGAUGGACGCCCAAUGAAGACAGCAACAGGGAGUACAUACAGGUGGACCUCCAUACUUUAAAAGUGCUUACGGGCAUUGCUACCCAAGGCGCCAUUUCAAAGGAAACUCAGAGGGCUUACCAUGUCUCAACCUUCAAGCUGGAGGUCAGCACCAAUGGGGAGGACUGGAUGGUCUACAGACAUGGCAAGAAUCAUAAGGUUUUCCAUGCCAAUUCUGAUGCCACGGAGGUGGUUCUCAAUCGGAUCCCGCAGCCGGUCCUGGCCCGCUUCGUACGAAUCCGACCUCAGACGUGGAAGAACGGCAUUUCACUGCGGUUCGAGCUUUACGGCUGUCAGAUUACGGAUGCACCCUGCUCAGAGCUGCAGGGCAUGUUGUCUGGGCUGUUACCCGACUCCCAGAUCUCUGCGUCAUCCAUGAGAGACAUCCAUGGCUCCAUGGGGGCUGCCAGGCUGGUGGCCAGUCGGUCAGGCUGGUUUCCCAACCCGACACAACCCAUAGCUGGAGAAGAGUGGCUACAAGUGGACCUUGGUGUACCUAAGAUGGUGCGUGGCAUUAUUACCCAGGGUGCAAGAGGGCUGGAGGGCAGCUCCAGCGCUGAGAACAGAGCAUUUGUCAGGAAGUACAAACUCGCCCACAGCUUGACUGGCAAAGACUGGACUUACAUCACUGACAGCAAGACUGGAAUGGCUAAGAUUUUCGAGGGAAAUGGCCACUACGACACUCCAGAGGUGCGGAGGUUUGACGAGAUCGUGGCCCAGUACAUCAGAGUCUUUCCGGAGAGAUGGUCGCCUGCUGGGAUCGGCAUGAGGAUGGAGGUUCUCGGCUGUGACCUGCCCGAAACCACCACUGUACCUGACACCGCGACCCCCACCUUGCCCAGGGAGGAGCAGACGACUGCUGCAAUGAGACCAGCCACCACGCCAUCCCUGUCGGCUGUGUGUGACUUCGAGCAGAGCUUGUGCGGCUGGUCGGCUGAUCCCCAGUCAGGUGUGAGCUGGUCCCUGCACACGGCGAGCAGCAGUUCGACCGGACACGGCACACACGGAACGAGACAGGAUUUGGCACUGGGAUCAGACAAUUUCUCAGGGAACUACCUGCACCUGGACGCAGGCACCCACACCCAGCGCAAGCGAGCCCGGCUGCUGAGCCCCGAGGUGGGGCCAGAACAAGGCCCACUCUGCCUCCUCUUCUACUAUCAGCUCCAGGGGGAAGCGCAGGGGAGCCUGAGAGUCCUGCUGAGGGACAGUGACCAGGAGGAGUCCCUGCUCUGGGCUCUGAAAGGGGACCAAGGCUCUCACUGGAGGGAAGGCCGCACCAUCCUGCCCCAAAGCCCCAAAGAGUAUCAGGUGGUGUUCGAGGGGUUUUUUGAUCACCCGACCAGAGGCCACAUCAGAAUAGAUAACAUCCACAUGAGCAGCAGCGUCGAGCUGGAGCAGUGCACACAGCCCUUCCCUGCCUUAACUCCAGGCCUAAACCAUCCCAAGCCUAUGGAUUUUGGAAAAGAUCCUGUUUUCAACCACAAGCAGCCCAUCGAUGGAGACUUCGUCUUCCAAGGGUGGCCGUCCUCCUUCUCCACCCCCUCGUCCUCUGAUGUGGACCCUCCCUCAGUCACCCUGGUGUCAGAGAAAGACAAGGACAACGCCUGGCUUUACACGCUGGACCCCAUCCUCCUCACCAUCAUUGUGAUGAGCUCUCUAGGAGUCCUGCUGGGCGCAAUUUGCGCUGGACUGCUCCUCUACUGCACGUGCUCCUACAGCGGGCUUUCGUCACGCUCCUCCACAACGCUGGAGAACUACAACUUUGAGUUGUACGACGGGAUUAAGCAUAAAGUGAAGAUAAACCAGCAGAGGUGCUGCUCAGAGGCAUGAAGAGCAGCAGGAGGAGUAGAACUCUGGAGAAAGACAAAGUCACAUGAUCCCCUCCAAAAGUAAUUUUGUUUUUGGUUUGGACAAAGAAAACGAAGCACUAGCUGUUAUUUCAAUCCCCCGUUGUCACCUACAUAAUAUCCUGUUCUGAUGUCUACAGGGGAAACAUUCAGCCCAGAGUCUCUACACAUAUUUGCGUGCCAGUGGGAACUUGUGACCUUGAUCUCCCCUACAUGCUAUGAGGCCUGGGGGGACACCUGAUCCCAGUCUCCCCUACCUACAGUACCAUAUCUCCUCCGCCUGCAGGAGAGAGCCUGCUCGAUUCUAAAAGCCUGUGAAUGAAUGAAGGAAUGAAUAAAUGAAUAUGAAUGACAGAACUACCAUAGAAUAUAACCCACCAGCCAAUGGAAUGAAGCUAGAAGGCCUGGAGAUGGACCACAACACCCCCGACUAUUUGGACGUUUGGACCACAAAUGACAGCACAGUCCUGGGUGUUUGGUCAAAAUGCUGGUAAUGGGAUUCUUAACGGUGAAGAGAAUCUCAUCAACAUGUACCCAUGACUGGUACUUUGCAGAGGGGCAUUUAUCCUCAUUAGCUUGAAUUUGAAUGUGGCCAACAGAGACAUACAGAAAUCACAAAGUUGCAGCUUCUGACCGUUGGUGAAGGCUUCAGCACCAGUGGACCAUUUAAAUGUGGGUACUUUUGACUGAGAUCAACACAUAUCAUGUGAAUGCCUAUCCCCCGCCCCAAAUAAAAAAAGUUUAAGAGAUAUCAGUUGAAAUGAAUCUAGAUUUCUAAAGGCGAAGACGGAAAAGAGAAUGAAAAAGGACCUUAUUCUUUUUGUUUGUUUCCAAAAGUUUUAGAUAUGAGUUCUGUGAGUCCAUUAGCCUGCCAUAUGGCACUUGCUCGCUCCUUUGUCUGCCCUCGGUCUGCGCUUUGUGAAACCAGUGGCAUAGAAGAGUAAUGGUGACUGUUUUUGUUUUGUUUUAGACUUGUGUCUCUUUGGGAAAAAAAAUGGUAAAGAAACGCCAGCUUCAGUUCGUAGCCGCCCUGUAGAGCUCUUACGCCACUUCUUUUAGACUUUCUUUAGCGUUGUGUUGGACUACAUGGUCUUAACUGUUAAUUCAGUCCUUUUCUAUUUUGGCACAUUUUCCAUUACAGAUUAUCAGUCUUUAUAAAGAGUAGAUGAAAGGUAAAGGAAGAUGGAAGAUAGAAAACCAGAGGUUUAUCUAAAUCUAACAUGCUGUUAUGGAGUCGUGCUUUAGAUUCAGUAUUCUAGGGUUUGUCUUUGGUAUAUAUCUAUAUUUUUUUGGUUUUCAGACUGUAUGAUGCCCAAGCGAUGGACAGACACUGUGUGAACAAAAUGUCAGUGAUUGUUUUAUUGCAACCUAUGGAUUGCCAAAGAGCUGUGUACAUGCACAGGGGGUCUGAACGAGUGUUAAGAGGCCGGUUGGAGAGCAGACUGAGAGUGAAAACCAUCCUGCCUUUUAUCCACCAUUCUUAGCAUCACCCCCUGAAUGAAGGACGCUCCGAAACGGAAGGAGGAGGAGGAGGAGGAGGAGGAAAGACUAAAGAGGAGAACGGAAAUCAUACCGUUGACUUUUUUGGACACACAAUCGAGCCUUAAGCUAACUACAGUAUACGCUGUAUCGGAGGACAGCCAUCGAGGAGGGCCAGUGCUGCUGGACAGACUGAUGAACAGGACACACACACACAUACACACACACACACACACACACAGAAAGAUGGGCAGACAGACAGACAGAAAGAGAGAGAGGGGGGGGGGGGUCUGGAAAAAAUGCGAUGGUUAUGUUUGCUUGCAGAAGAAUUUUAUUUCAGAACAUCAUGACUAAAACUUGAGAAAUUUCUACUUGCAUUUUCAAAUCCCUGACUACUGGAACCUUUGGGCAUUUUUAGCCAGCAGUGUUCAGCUGUUUAACCCAAGAAUUACAUUCACAUGCCACCAUUUGGCUUCAGCUAAAUACACAUCAGUGGAAAUUUAAAGGCACCACGUGGAGUUUUUGACCGCUAAUAGCACUACAGAGCAAUGAUUUUACACGUGGGUUCCUGUUUUGUUUUGGUCACACACAAGAAGGAAACAUUGCAUAUAGACAAUAUAGGAUUUUAAAUUGUUGGGUAACAGGAAUAAUGAAAAAUUUGAUAGACCACAGAAAAACACAGAGCGUGUUUUAGUGAGAAAACCUGAAUGUAAGCAAACUCCACAGGGUACCUUCAAUGCUUAUUUAUUGACAUAUCAACAAAAUGCUUUUGUUAAGCAUAUCUGCAACUUCUCUUCAUGUGUUUUUACUACGAAGCAAUUUGCAAAAAUCGUGGUCAUAGUUAAAAAAAUAAAACAAUGAAAAUGCCAGCUGCUAGUGCAAAUUAGUGAGAGAAAUGAGUGAAAAUCAUGGGAGACUGUUUGCAUUAUGGGCAGAAAGUCACUGCAUUUCUCAAACUAUCUGCAGCUCAGGAUGUUGGCUUGCAGUGUUCGGGUUUUGAUCGGGAACAUGUGACAGACUCGCACACACAUCCAAUGAGAUACUCAGCUGACAGGCUGAGCGGACCGACGGCUAACAUGAUGAACACAAUGAAACAUAACGAGACUCAACAGGACAGGUGGACAGUGAAGGAGAGAGAGACACAGAGAGAAUGGUGAAAACAAGACGACAAAACAACAAGACAGAUGGGGAGGGAAGAUCAGUGACCCAGACAGAAAUCUUAAAAAAUAUAAUUGGGUGAGCAGACGCCGUCCUCUCCCUGACUGCUUUGUAUCAUUCUUUCUCACUCUGCUGGGGUGCAGCAGAUAAAGGUCAAUCCCAGAAAGUCUUUUUUUGUUAUUCUCUGAAUCUGUCAGAUAUCCGGGUCAAGUUGUUGUCCUCUGGGGGCGUAAAUUGAAAGAGCGAAAGGGAGGAAGAAAAGUGGGGAGGAGAAAAGUCAAACAUGUCACACUUAUUGUAUCUUUGCCUGAAGCCCCGAUUUUCUCUUUUUGUCUCUCUGUCUCGUCUGUCCCUGUUCAAGGGCGUGCAUGCAUACACCCAGGAGGCCUGUUGAGAUGAAAUAAAGAAAGAAAACAAGGGAAUUAUAACCAGGUAUCGAAAGAUGGUCAGAGGAGGAGAGAUGGAGGGAGAGAGAGAUGGAGGGUUUUCUGUCCAUCUAAAUGCAUUUUCAUUGGACUGUUUUCCAAGUGCCUUGGAGCUCUCACAUUAUGUCUCUCUGUCUCUCUCUCUGUCUCCGUCUCUGUCUCACACACACACACGAAGCACUGGACAGUGAGGACAUUGUAACACACACUCUCUCUCCCUCCUGAAUGACUUUAACUCUUUCCUCCUGGAAGUCCAGACAGUAUUACCUCUUCUGUCUCGAUGGAUGCACACACACACACUGACACACACAUUAAAACACACACACACACACAUCUACAGCACUGGCCAGAUAACUCAAACUGUUGUUUGUAGACUUUGUACAGAAAUUUCUUUUUUAAUGUUAUUAUUAUUAUUUAAUAAAGGCUAAAUAA